UGUGUCAGGAUGAGCCGAAGCAUGAUAAUGAAGAGCGGUUACUGGAGAGAGUUUUUAAAAACGAACUAGCACUUGAAACCCUAUUGAAAGAAAUCAAGGGGACAAACGAAGACGUAAUUAAAGGAUUGCGAGAAAUGCGGAACACGAAAAGUGUGGUCGGUGAGUUAGCUUACAAACUCGAAAGAUCAGAAACCGUGACGACGCUGAAAACUGGUAAAUUUAUGAAAGACGCACUGUCAAACAUUACAUCGGAACUCCUCAGAAUACGGAGCAAUCUGGAAGAUGCGACCUCUGAUAGGCAGACCGAUGUGCCGUCAGCUAUAAAACGAGGGCCGCCGUCAAUCCAGCCCGUGUAUUUCCACGCCCGCUCACCGGCGGAAGUCAAGCUCGAUGCCAACCAAGAUGUUAUCUUCACAUUCAUCGAACUGAACGAAGGAAGCGGCUACAAUUCAUCAUCGGGGAUAUUUACUGCCUCGAUUGCAGGACUGAACAUGUUCAGCGUUGUAAUUUUCAAGAAUGGGACGCUCAUACAGGUGGCCCGAAACAACGGCUCGUCAGGCAGCUCCCCGUGCGCAACCAUGCAAGUUAUCUCCACCAUUGCCGUAGGGGACCCUGUGUGGAUUCGCACUGUCGCCCGUACAGAACUGCAUGAAAAUGAUGGAUUGUAUCGGUCAACAUUUUACGGCGUAUUGUUGGAUUGAUAUACUGUGUUGAAAUAAGUGAGUUUAUUCAUAAAAAGUUUACACUACUUCAAACUAUAAUUAAAUAAAAUUGUGCUUCCUUAAGUGAAAUUGUUUUAAGAUGCUUAAUUUCACUGUACAAAGACGAAUGUUCAUUGUUUUGUAUAUAAAGCGUUGGAGCCAAAAGUAAAUAAAUAAAUAAAAUUUA